AUGGCCAUGUACAAAGGAUUUCGUGUUUUUGAGAAAUCAAAACCACCAAGUCCUCACAGUGUUCUCUUGGAACACAGAGGGAAAGAAGAUACCAUCCUGUUUGAAUCUCAGGCAGUGGCAGUAUUAUCUGCACAAGAAACUGAAGCAGUGAAGAAACAAUACACCAAGAUAUUAGAUGCAUAUGGUUGCCUUGGGGUCCUCCAACUAAAUGCAGGAGAAACCUCUGUGUUAUACCUGGUAAUGAUAACUGGUUGUUUCUCUAUUGGAAAGGUUGGAGAUUCUGAGAUAUUUAGAAUAACACAAACCCAAUUUGUACCCUUACAUUUCUCACAAAAUGAAGAUCGCAUUAGUGAAGUCAGAAAAUUGCUGAACUCUGGUACAUUUUAUUUUUCCUGGUACUCUGGUGCACCAGGAGGAACCCCACUUGAUCUCACUUUAUGUGCUCAAAGAAGAAACAAAACAUCUACCACAGAUCACAGGUUUUUCUGGAAUCGAAUGUUACAUGUUCACCUAGUGAGAUUUGGAGUAGACUGUAGCAGCUGGCUUGUGAGAGCUAUGUGUGGUUCUGUAGAGAUACGCACUGUCUAUGUAGGUCAUAGGAAAGCCCUGGCAUCUGUCAUUUCACGUCUCAGCUGUGAAAGAGCAGGAACAAGAUUCAAUGUACGUGGUACAAAUGAUGAAGGUCAUGUAGCUAAUUUUGUGGAGACUGAGCAAGUGAUAUUCUUGGAUAAUGAAGUAACUUCCUACCUACAGACUAGGGGUUCUGUCCCCCUUUUCUGGGAACAGCCUGGAGUACAGGUUGGAUCCCAUAAAGUGAGAAUUUCUAGAGGAUAUGAGGCAUCUAAAUCUGCUUUCAAUAGACACAUGGACACAAUCAAAGAAAGAUAUGGCAAACAAGUUAUCUUGAAUUUACUAGGCACCAGUCUUAUUGGCAAUAAAGAAGGUGAAGCUACACUAAGCCAGGAAUUUCAGAAACAUCAUAAAGAGUCUUCCCACAGUGAUAUAUCACACAUAGUUUUUGAUUAUCAUCAGGAAUGUAGAGGGGGAAGUUCAGCAAAUUUGCAAAAGUUGAAAGCAAAAUUGGAGCAACAGUUGCUAGACUUCUCUUUUUACCAUGCAAGUUGCACAACAAAUUUUAGUUUACAGAAAGGGACUAUCCGCACCAACUGCUUAGAUUGUUUAGAUAGAACAAAUUGUGUACAGACAUUCCUUGGAUUAGAGAUUUUAGCCAAACAGUUGAUUGCAAUGCAAUUAGUUGAUAAAAAACAAACAAUAUCUAGGUUUGAGGAGGUUUUCAAGCAGAUGUGGAUAAACAAUGGAAAUGAAAUUAGCAAAAUUUAUGCUGGUACUGGAGCUAUACAGGGUGGUUCAAAAUUGAUGGAUGGUGCAAGAUCUGCUGCAAGAACAAUACAGAAUAAUUUGUUAGAUAAUUCCAAACAGGAGGCAAUUGAUAUUCUCUUAUUAGGUUCCACUCUCUCUACAGAGUUAGCUGAUAGAGCUAGGACACUUCUUCCAUACAAUACCCUACAUGCUCCAAAUCAUGUUCUUCGAGAAAUGUGUAGACGUCACAUGGAAUACACUGAACCACUCCCUGUUCGUGUAGCAGUAGGUACUUACAAUGUGAACGGUGGAAAGCACUUCCGAAGUGUUGUCUUUAAAGAAAUCCAACUCUCGGACUGGCUCCUAGACCCACACACCAAAAACAAGGGAAGUCUAGUAGAUACAGGUUAUACUGAUGAGCACAAAUCCAUACCUGUAGACAUCUACGCUAUCGGAUUCGAAGAGAUAGUCGAUCUUAAUGCUGCAAACAUCAUGAACUCAAGCACAGAGAAUGCUAAAGCUUGGGCCAUAGAGCUGCAAAAAGUAUUAUCGAGAGACAGGCCUUACGUUUUGCUUACUUAUCAACAGCUGGUGGGGGUCUGUGUGUAUGUCUAUGUGAGGCCAGAGCAUGUUCCAUUCAUCAAGGAUGUGGCAGUGGAUUCUGUCAAAACAGGAAUGGGAGGACAUACAGGGAAUAAAGGCGCCGCUGCUAUACGGCUAGUAUUCCACGCCACAUCCAUAGCAUUCGUGUGUGCCCAUUUUGCUGCCGGCCAAUCUCAAGUAACCGAAAGAAACGCGGAUUAUAACGAGAUAACCAGAAAAAUAGCCUUCCCCAUGAGCCGCUCUCUCAACUCGCACGAAUAUCUCUUCUGGUGUGGCGAUUUCAACUACAGAAUCGACAUGGACAAAGAAGAAAUCAAAGAGCUAGUAAGGCAAGGCGACUUCGAGACUAUCCUGCAACAGGACCAGCUGAAGAAGCAGCAGGCAGAAGGCAACGUGUUCAAGAUGUUCAUCGAAGGUGACAUCACAUUCCCUCCUACUUACAAGUACGACUUGUUCAGUGAUGACUAUGAUACCAGCGAGAAAUGUCGCGCUCCCGCUUGGACAGAUAGAGUGCUUUGGAAGAGACGCAACCAGUCUCCCGAGCUGAACGGGACCGGUCAAGAGUCCCCUGGGAAGCUUGUUUUUUACGGAAGGGCCGAGCUCAAGCAAAGCGAUCACAGGCCGGUCAUAGCCAUCAUUGAUAUCGAAACAAGAACUAUUAGGGAAGAUAAACGCGAGCAGGUGUUUUAUGAAGUCAUAGCAGAUAUGGGCCCUCCUGAUGCUACUUUGAUCGUGCAUUGUGAGGAGACGGCUCAAAACGAAGAUUCCAGCUUGUUCGAUGAUAAUUUGGUCAUGGUGCUUCUCGAAGAUUUUGCUCAAUUUGGAGAGACUAUCUUGGUUAGGUUCGUUGCUGAUACUAUGUGGAUUACCUUUAGGGAUGGACAGGCUGUCUUGGAAGCAAUGAAGAAAACUAAUGGAUUAUUGAAGUUUCAAGAUCAUGAUUUCACCCUUUCUCUCAAAACCCCGAAUUGGGUAGAACAAGCCAAAGAAGAAAUUGGUUUGUGUUCCAGCAAUACAGUUCCUCUGUAUAGUUCACCAAAUCAAUCUGAUUAUAACUGCCUAGGCAUCCCAGAAGUGCCUAGACCGCCCCGCCCCUUGCCGCCUGGCAGACCGCCCCCGCCCACCGCUAAGCCCACCCCGCCACCCUCUCCUCGCCGCGCCAUGCCCAAGGCGGGCGUCAUCAGCAUGCCGAUCAAGUCGCCGCCUCCGCCUUCCUCGGCCCCGCCCACUUUACCGCCCCCCGACCUUCCCGCCCAGGACGAGGGCGUGUACGAGGAGAUAGGCGACGACUCGCCGGGCGGGCCCGAGCCGCAGGGACCGCCUCCUCCGCCGCCAAGGGCGGAGGCGGGGAGUCCGCCCACUGGGACGCGGGGUCCGCCCCCUGUGCCGGCACGCUCGGCCCCGCCCCCUCCUUUGCCAGCCAGGCCCAGGCAGUGA